GGGCGUCGAUCACAACUACCAAAACGGGGCUAUCCAAAUGUGGACAGAACGUUCUGGCACCUUCUGCGUUGCACUGCAGCAUCCCAAAAGGCGGGCGUCCAGCUCCCCACUCAUUUGCAUUUCCCCCUCCUUCUGUCCUCCUGCUCUCUUUCACUAAGUGGCCGAAGGUCUCCCAGCAAUCAUGGUUAGAGAAUCAAAAUUUUACGAUGUAUUGGGUGUUUCGCCCGACGCUUCAGAAACUGACCUGAAGAAGGCGUACCGUAAACAAGCACUCAAGCACCAUCCGGACAAGGGCGGCGACCCCGAGCUUUUCAAAGAGAUCACGCAUGCCUACGAAGUCCUUUCUGAUCCUCAGAAACGUGAUAUUUAUGACACUCGAGGUGAAGCAGGAUUAAGUGAGCAGGGUGGACUCGAUGGUAUGGCACCAGAGGAUCUGUUCGGCCAACUGUUCGGUGGUGGAGGCCCGAGCUUCUUCAGUGGCGGGCAACGACAGUCUGGUCCUCGUAAAGGGAAAGAUCUCGUUCACCGUGUCCACGUCACCCUUGAAGACCUAUACAAGGGCAAGACCACCAAACUCGCACUCACCCGAAACGUCAUUUGUUCCAAGUGUAAUGGCCGUGGCGGCAAGGAGGGUGCUGUGCGGACGUGUAGCUCGUGUAACGGGCGUGGCGUUCGCCUGACCGUACGUCAGAUGGGGCCGAUGAUCCAACAAAUCCAACAGCCCUGCAAUGAUUGCAAUGCAACUGGUGAAAUCAUUAAUCACAAGGACAAGUGUAAAGUAUGUAAUGGCAAGAAGACCAUACAGGAAAAGAAGAUGUUAGAAGUGCAUAUAGACAAGGGUAUGAAGGGAGGCCAGCACAUCACUUUCGCUGGGGAGAGCGAUCAGGCGCCUAAUAGUAUUCCUGGAGACGUCGUCAUCGUCAUUGAGGAGAAACCUCAUGACCGAUUUAAGCGUCAAGAAAAUAACUUAUGGACCGAGGUGGAGAUCGACCUCCUUACUGCAUUGGCAGGUGGCCAAUUCGCCAUUAAACACCUUGACGAUCGAGUAUUAGUUGUAACGAUCGUGCCGGGCGAGAUCAUCAAAGAAGGUCAACUAAAGGUUAUUACCGGAGAGGGAAUGCCUUCACAACGACACCACGAGCCUGGUGACCUGUUCGUCAAGCUUCACGUUGUCUUCCCAAAUACCCUCGAUCCUCAAGCGUUCCCACUCCUCGAACGUGCUUUGCCACCCCGAAAGCCAUUACCCAAGUUCGAAAAGCACCUGCACAUCGAGGAGGCGGUUCUGAGCGACUUAGAUGCACGUCAGCAACAGGAGCAGAGCCGAGGCGAUCCCGAUGCAAUGGAUGAGGACGAGGGUGAACCGCGUGUGCAAUGCGCACAGCAGUAAACGAGUGGCUUCAUAGAUCUCUACUCUUUGCUCUGCAUUUUUUUUCUCUUUCAUUCGUAGUGUAGUCAUUCUGUUCGUCGUAGCAACAUGUUGUGUUAUAUAUUUGCACAUUCGCUUUAUCCUAAUAAUGGACAUGCGCGU